CGUGGGGGCGGUCCUUAAGCUUACCUUGAACGGAGGAGGUGCAUGUAAUUCGGUGUUACAGGCGGAAGCGCUGCUGCUGUGACGCCUACCGGGGGGCAGUUGUUUAGAAACCGGGGAGUCACCUGCCCUCGUAGGGAACGUAUAGUCUUUGCGAGAGAAGUAUCUUCCAUCAUGCCCACUAGUAAAGUAAUACAACCCGUAUUAAAAAUGAAAGUGGAUGAGCUGUUUCUACAUUGGUUGAGCGAGACGCCAACACAGCUACUACUGAAGGACUAUUUAAGAAGGAUAAAAAAUGGAGAGAAGUUUCCCGGCGUCACUGGGCACUCGGAUGAUGAGACCAUUUCGAUUUCUAGCAAAAGCAAUUUGCAACCUGCUCAUAAAUUACUAGACAAUCUUUCCAUCUCCUCCAUGGCGCCCUGUAGUCCUCCGUCUCGUUCUCCGUCUUCUCUCCCUCUGGGUUCUUUUGGAAGUCCAAGGAACGGGCUUACUCCGAGAACACGUAGAUCUAUCGGAGCAAGAUUGGCACAGCCAAAAAAAGAGGAGCCAUUAACACCUACCUUAAGCCAAAGCAUUCCGAAGUUUUACUUCCCUAAGGGCUGCCCGAAAGCAAAUCUGAACAUUGAUCUUAUCAUUUCAAAAAUCGAGAAGACUUUUUCGCUCUUUCCGAACGAGAGAGCAACCCUAGAAGAUAUGGGGAAAGUGUCAAAGGCUUGUGAAUGUCCUCUUUACUGGAAGGCACCGCUGUUUUAUGCGGCCGGAGGGGAGCGGACAGGGUUUGUGUCGGUCCACAAGUUCGUGGCUAUGUGGAGAAAAAUCUUACAAACGUGCCAUGAUGAGGCUGCUAAAUUUAUCCAACUCCUAGCCAAGCCCGGCUGUGCUUAUCUGGAGCAGGAAGACUUCAUUCCCUUUGUGCAAGAUGUGGUUAACAGCCAUCCACAUUUAACAUUUCUGAGAGAAGCCUCCGAAUUUCAUUCUCGCUACAUUACCACAGUUAUUCAGAGGAUAUUCUACCUGGGGAACAGAUCAUGGUCUGGUCGGAUUACGUGCGCUGAGCUUAGAAAAAGUAAUUUUUUGCAGCAUAUAGCAUUAUUGGAAGAGGAAGAUAUUAAUCAGUCCACGGAUUACUUUUCAUAUGAGCAUUUCUACGUCGUCUAUUGCAAAUUUUGGGAGCUUGAUACCGACCAUGACUUGUUCAUUGAUGAACAAGACUUGGCUAAGCAUAAUGAUCACGCCAUAUCAAGUAGAAUUAUAGAAAGAAUAUUCUCUGGAGCUGUAACACGGGGCAGAAAAGCCCAGAAAGAAGGAAAGAUAGGUUAUGCAGACUUUGUAUGGUUUCUAUUAUCUGAAGAGGACAAGAAGACACAAACCAGUAUAGAGUACUGGUUUCGCUGCAUGGACCUGGAUGGUGAUGGAGUGUUGUCUAUGUACGAGCUUGAGUAUUUCUAUGAGGAACAAUGUCAGAAGAUGGAAAGCAUGGCAAUUGAGCCUCUACCUUUUGAGGACUGCCUCUGCCAGAUGUUGGAUCUUGUGAAGCCACAGUGUGAAGGAAAGAUCACUCUGCAAGACUUGAAGAAAUGCAAGCAGGCUCACCUGUUUUAUGAUACCUUCUUGAAUCUGGAAAAGUAUUUGGACCAUGAGCAAAAAGAUCCAUUUUCUAUACUGAGAGUAGGCGAGAACGAAGGACAGGAACUUUCCGACUGGGAGAAGUAUGCUGCUGAAGAGUACGCGGUCCUUGUGGCUGAAGAGGCAGCAACUGAACAAUGGAAUGAUGGGGAUUAUGCCGAACUUAAUGCUCUCCACACCCCAGUGGCCACUGACAGUAGGUAUGCCGAUGAAAAGAGGCCCUUCUUUGACAUGCCCUCUCACGAUGCGCCUGAAGAUCUGGAGGACUAUGACUAUGAGGAUGACUUUGAAUGAACAACACUGUUGGAUUCAUGCAGCUGGCCUGCUCUUGUAUGUUCUGUAAUGCCUGAAUGACGUUGUCAUCUUUAUGCCAGGGUUAUGAAUUCCUGUUCCGCACACCUGAUAAUGGGUAGCGCUCAAACUCCUGGGCCUUACCGUUCUGUUCCCAUAAAUAAACCGGCUUGUCUGUCCUAA